CGACCUGAUUUGUUUCAAAAAAAGAUUUAGGGUUUUUUUUUUCAAAUGUCCUCUGAAAAUGUUUCUUAAAACUUCACUUGUUUCUUCAAAAUCAUCUUUCAAUGUUAGAUUUUCAUCUUCAUCUAUUCUUUCUUCACUUUCCCAAAAUCAACACACCAAAUCACCACCCAAACACAUCUCCACUCUUAAGCACCAUUCUCAACUUUAUAAUUUCCUUCGUGUAAACUGCAGGUCAGGUCAAAUUGAUGAUGCUAGAAGGCUAUUUGAUUCCAUGGCAAGUAUGGGGUGUAAGCCUGAUGUUUUUAGCUACAAUAUUUUGAUGGAGGGUUUAUGCUUGACAAAUAAAAUUGAUGAUGCCAAGGAACUUUUAGCCUCAAUGUUGAGUAUGGGAUGCACACCUGAUGUAGUUAGCUACAAUACUCUGAUCAAAUGGUAUUGCAAGAAUCGAAAAAUUGAUGAAGCCUUGAAUCUUUAUGAGGAAAUGACUUCAGAGGGAGUUAGGCCAAAUGUUUUUGCUUAUAAUACCUUGCUAUCUGGGCUUUUUAGGAACGGUAAUGUCAGACAUGCAAAAAUGCUAUUUGAAUAAUGAGACUUUAAAAGUGGUGGAACUUCUUCACAAAAUGAAAGA